GUGUCCAAAGCACGCAAUGCCAUAUAUACACAUGGUGUUCCGAUCAAGGGAGUGUCAGUGGAGAGCCUCUUGAAGGAAUUUUCCUUGGUGCCUACUAUCGUGAACCAUCUUUCACCACUAGGGUUGGACUUCUUCCCCAUCCUCAUAGUUGACCUCCUUCAUGAGUUUGAACUUGGGGUACUGAAAGUGGUGAUGAUGCACUUGAUGCAGUUACUCUAUGCAAUUGACCCUCAGAAAAUUGACAUUAUCAAUGAAAGGUAUCAG